CCCCCCACUGCUGCUCGGCCUGUCACUAGCAGCAGACGGAUGGCAACGUAGGCAAGCGGCUCGGGUGAGGUCAUGUGUUUUUAAGGCGCCCAGCGGAUUCAGUCCGUGUUCACCGGCGGCCAGCACGCACAGCACAGCCCGCUGCUCCGGAAAGAUCCAGCGGCUCAUUGCAGCGCGGGGGAUCCACGUUAGCGCUCACAGGAUCGAGAGGACAUUUUUGGAUGCACAGAGAGCAGUGAUUGAAGAUUUCACCAUGAAUAAAAAUAAGAAAGAGAAGGAGUUCUACAGCCUCGACGUCGGAGACUCGACAUUCACGGUCUUAAAGCGCUACCAGAACUUGAGACCGAUUGGAUCCGGAGCACAGGGAAUUGUGUGCUCUGCUUAUGAUCAAGUCCUUGAGAAAAAUGUGGCUAUCAAAAAGCUGAGCCGACCUUUUCAGAACCAGACGCAUGCCAAGAGGGCGUUCAGAGAGCUCGUCCUCAUGAAAUGUGUCAAUCACAAAAAUAUCAUCGGCUUAUUAAAUGUUUUCACACCCCAAAAAUCAUUAGAAGAGUUUCAAGAUGUCUACUUGGUCAUGGAGCUGAUGGAUGCCAACCUGUGCCAGGUCAUUCAGAUGGAACUGGAUCACGAGAGGCUUUCUUAUCUGCUCUAUCAAAUGCUGUGCGGCAUCAAACACCUCCACGCCGCUGGCAUCAUUCACAGGGAUCUCAAGCCCAGCAACAUUGUGGUCAAGUCAGACUGCACACUGAAGAUUUUGGAUUUCGGGCUGGCUCGAACAGCCGCAACGGGCCUCCUCAUGACGCCUUAUGUGGUGACGCGUUACUACAGAGCACCCGAAGUCAUCUUAGGCAUGGGCUACCAAGCCAACGUGGACAUUUGGUCUGUGGGCUGUAUACUGGCUGAAAUGGUUCGCCAUAAAAUCCUUUUCCCAGGACGGGAUUACAUUGACCAGUGGAACAAAGUCAUUGAGCAGCUGGGCACUCCAUCUCAGGACUUCCUCAUGAAACUGAACCAGUCGGUAAGAACGUAUGUGGAAAACAGGCCACGCUACGCUGGCUACACCUUUGAGAAACUCUUCCCGGAUGUUCUCUUCCCUGCUGAUUCCGAUCACAACAAACUGAAAGCGAGCCAGGCGAGAGACCUCUUAUCCAAGAUGUUAGUGAUCGAUGCCUCCAAACGCAUAUCUGUCGAUGAGGCCCUGCAGCACCCCUACAUCAACGUUUGGUACGACCCGGCUGAAGUGGAAGCGCCACCCCCCAAAGUCCUCGACAAACAGUUGGAUGAGAGGGAGCACACAGUUGAAGAGUGGAAAGGGCUGAUCUAUAAGGAAGUGAGUGACUGGGAGGAGUGGUCAAAAAAUGGAGUGAUCCGAGGACAGCCGUCUCCUCUAGGUGCAGCAGUGAUCGACAGCCCCCCUCAGCCUUCCUCCUCCUCAUCUUCCUCCUCGUCAGCCAACGAUGUGUCAUCCAUGUCCACAGAGCCCACUGACCCGAGCAGCGACCCCACGGUGACCUCGGAAACAGGCAGCAGUCUGGAUAGCCACACCUCUCUCGGGGCUCUGGCGUGUUGCAGAUAACACUACACAACACAACACACACAUUUAUUCAAGCAUAACCUUUCAUCAGUGCACCUUAAGCAGUGUUUGAGAUGAGAAGGUUUCGAGGCCAAUGGAAGUUCUCACUUUAGUUUGUAGAGCUGCGAUUUCAAUGUACAGUUUGUUGUUAUUGCCCGAUACUACUGUAAAGGAUUGUGGUUUUAAAUUGUACCAUUAUUAUUGUAUUUUUGCUGAGGAGAAUAGAGAGUAUGUUUUGACGUGAACGCUAUGUUUGUAACGAAAGGGAGGCGUUGGAAAUUCAGCAUUCGGUUUUUUUUUUUUAGCUCCGGCGAGACAGUGGGAAGGCUCACAGCUAGCACAGCACUGUUAUUUUUUUAAUAUAUUUUUGAAAUGCUGAUGUGGCAUUUUGUAUUGUUUUUUGGGGGUGGGGCGGGGCCGGGGGGAGACAUUUGAAUGAAUCCGCUGUUAACGGUUAAAGGACUUUUUUUUCCAAUGUGGAUAUUAAUGCACACUUGCUUCGAUUCAGCUGUUCUAAUUCUGUAGUUUUUCUUCUCCAUCGCAUUGAUUUUCAGUUUUUACUGCAACCAACAUACUGUACAUCUAACAUGUUUGCUUAUUUAGCUGUAAUUUCACGACUCAAGAACAGGGUGAAUGUAAUUCCAAUACAGGCCAAACUCACUGGCCCCAAAAUUAGUAUUAUCAUGAAUUUUGUGCAUUUUUUUGUGGGAGGGACAUUGUUCGUAGAUGUCUGGUAUUUAAUAUAUAUUAUUUAAGUGCCCUUACUUAGUUCACUGAUUUUUGAAGUCCUCUCUGUGGCAGAGUUGCGUUCUACCUCUCACACACGUACAGUACGUACGCAAACACGUUUUGGAGGCUCCAGUAUGCAUAUCACACAAACAAAACAUUGAGGGAAGAUUUACUUUUGUCCUGUAUAUAUUAUUUAUUUAUUUAUUCCAAGUGCAAAUGCAUUUGUUGUAUGUAAUGUACAUGUAGCUCAGAAGUACUGUUUCGAAUUCAUUUUUUUUUUCCUGUACGUCAUUGCAUUGUUUUCUGUGCAAUACGAUGCGGUAGAUUUAGCGUAGUUAGCAGGGAUGUCCAUGAUGUAGAUGUGUGUAUGGGAGUUAGCAAGCAAGUCGUUUUCAGACCUCCGCAGUCGUUCCCUUGAGAUGUGUUUGAUGACUCAAGGUUCUGAGUGUGUCCCGUCUUUACAAUGAUCAUUUUUGGGCACUCCAAGCAGUAAUCCCACUUCCUCCCAGAAUGCACUUGGAGAUUGUCAUGCAUGUCCUUGCACUUUCUGGGGCAUAUUAAAUGACUGUUGUGGCUGCCUCUUUUAGUUUGUAAACCCCCCCUCUCUAACAAGUAUAGAGUAGUCUUCACACAUUUGAUUAAGUGCAGGAACAAGAAAGUCAUUCAGCGUUACUGGGAUGAUGUGUCGGGACACAUCUGAUGCGUUGUAAAGCAACCGGCGCUAAAAUUUUGAACAGGUGAAUUUUUUUUUAAUGGACAACUGUAUGGAGCUGUCACCAUACAAAAUACAUUAAAAGAACAAAACUGUACACCUUCAA